AUGAGCGCCAUCCGCCCCUCCUCCUCGGCCCUCCUCCUUCUCGGCGGCGUCGCAACGCUCCCCGGCGCCGCCACUGUCCGCAGCAGGUUCCCGCAGCGCAGCCCGCCUUCCGACUCGGCCGACGCUGAGCUGGGAUAUAUGCAACAGCCUCUCGGCCCAGUGAGCAGCAGCAGCACCCGGACGGCGUCGCCCACCGCUGUCGCUCAAAAGACCGCCCCGCGCAGCAGCUCUGCGACAGCGACGGCAGUGCAAAUCGUCACGAUGGCGACGGUCCACACGCGCCCUCAGGCUUGGGACGAAUCCGAUGCUGGCUACAGGCCCAAGUCGGCCAGAGAGAUGGUCGUAGUCAUACUUGGUCGUAAUCGGAAAUACUCGUCACUGUAG